AUGCUUUUCCUAGCUGUGAUCGGUCUUUUUCUGUCCGUCCUUCGGCACCAACAUGCAAUUCACAUAUUCAUUGUUAGUGGAUGGCUACUUGUUGCAAUUACAUUCAUUCUUUGUGGAGCCUUUGUGAUCCUCAACAAUGCUGUUUCUGACACCUGUAUGGCAAUGGAAGAAUGGGUAGAAAAUCCCCACGCUGAAACAGCACUUAGCAAUGUCCUUCCAUGUGUUGACCAAAAAACCACAAACCACACACUGAGCCAGAGUAAAGGAAUUAUCAAUGACAUGGUCACUGUUGUCAACACGUUCAUCUACACCUAUGCCAAUACGUAUCCAUCGCAUUCUGAUCUGUAUUAUUACAAUCAGUCUGGACCUCUGAUGCCAGCUCUUUGUUACCCAUAUGAUUCUGAGUUAAGAGAUACUCAGUGUGGGGAUCAACAGGUGUCUAUUACAAAUGCUUCUUUGGUUUGGCAGAACUAUACAUGUGAAGUCUCAGCAUCUGGGAUGUGCAUCACUCCCGGAAGGGUGAAGCCAGAGAUCUACACUCAGCUAGUUGCAGUAGUUAAUGAGAGCUAUGCACUACAGCACUAA